AUGUGCGACAAUACAUGCGACAGGACGAGCGGCAAGCCGUGCGACAGGGUGGGGGACACGCACGCGCCGUUGGAGGUGAUCGAAAUCGGGCGCGGGGAGGCUCGAGUGGGGCAGGUGUAUCUGGUGAAGCCGCUGCUCGCGUUCCUCGUCGUCAGCCCCGACCUGAAAUCGUCCUGGAAGAUCGUGGCCGUCGAUUUGUCGGAUCCGAUGGCUGAGACGUUGCUGGACUCGCGAAGUGGUUACACGCCUGAUUUCCCCACCCUCCUCCUUUCUCUCUCAUCCAAUAUCCCCACUGUUUCCCAUUGUCCUUCCCUAUGUCCCCCACCCCUUUCCCCCCCUCUUCCCCUUUCCCCCCCCUCUUCCACCACCCCCCUCCCCCCACUCCCCCCCGUCCCCCCAGUCGAUCCGCCGAGCACCAUCGCGGGUCAACAAACGGCCUCCGCUGCUCUCACCAACGCUAUCUGCGAAUUCGCCCGAGUGCCCUUCGCCCAACCUGCCUCCGUACCUGCCGCCGCCGCUGAUGGUGCUUCUGUCGCCGAGCCUGUGGCCCAGCAGGCUCGGAAGCAACACCGGUUCGGAAGGUCAGGCUCGGAGCCAGGCCGGUGUGGCAUGCGGAAGAAAGAGAUUUCAAUCAAAAUCGACGAGCGAGCGGAUGAUUCAAGUGAGAGUGAUGGUGGGGUCGGGGGUUGGGGGAGAGAAGACGACGAAGGAUGGCAAGUGUAUGACGAUGCGGAGCAACCGCAAAAGCAGCAGCAGGCGCAGAAGCAGGGAGGGUUGGCGCGUACUAAAGAGCGGUGGCAGCAGCAGUGGCAACAGCAGCAGCAGCAGGAGAAGCAUCCGCAGCAGAAGGGGAAGCAGCAGCAGCAGGAGGGGAAGCAGCAGCAGCAGCAGCUGGAGGAGGGGAAACAGACACAGCAGCAGGUGAAGCCACGGCAGGAGGGGAGAAAGUUGACGAGGCACUGGCGAUCCUCCUCGUCCUGUGCUCUCGAGAUCACUUCUGAGGCGCCUCAAGAGGGGAAACAGGCGCAGCAGCAGGGGAAUGCGCAGCAGGAGGGCAGGAAGUUGACCAGGCAUUGGCGAUCCUCCUCUUCAUGUGCUCUUGAGAUCCCCACCGGAAUGCUCCUAGACUCUCCCUCACCCUUGCAUCGCUCCUCCUCUACCAACCUCCGCCAACCACGCACCUUGACUCGCUCCGUCUCUGCUUUCCUGCGCCAACCCCUCACGCCCUCCCCCUUGCCGCGUCCCCCGCUGCCGCCUCUCACCCCUCGCCGCACUCCGCAUGCCUUCUCGCCCUCCCCCUCCUCCGCCUCGCACAAACAAGCAGCCUCAGGAUCUGUGUUUUGCGACCUUGAUGAGUCGGAUCAAGUGGUGGGUCAAGAGGAGUGUAAAGUGGUGGAGCAAGCGCCCAAGGUGAAUCAAGCAGCCGUGCAGAGAGCUAGUCACGCAAUGUUCUUCUCUUCUCCUGAUUCAACUUACCCUCCCCUGAAACCACCUCCUGGAAAGGCUGCUUCCUCGCUCUCUUCCCUGCCCUCUCCUGGACCCUCCCCCACGCUCAUUCAGAAAGGUGGCAGGUACGACUUCCAGCGGUCAAUCUCUGCUCAGACCGAAAGGGAGUUUCAAAAACCACCUGUGAGAGCUGGGAAGUUUGAAGCGAAUCGGCUGGCUGCUAUCCCACCUGCUACCGCAGCAGAUAGGACUGGGAACCUGGAAAGGUGUGGGACGCCUAGGGAAGCUGGCAAUAUAAGCGCCUCUCGCGCUGAGAAAGGAGGCAGGUAUGACUACCGGCGGACAAUGUCUGCUCAGACCGAACGGGAGUUCCAAAAACCACCUGGGAGGGCUGGGAAGCUGGAAAGGUCUGGCAAGUCAGGGGAGGUUGGUGCGGGUCUGCUGCCUGAUACCCCGAAAGAGCGUGCUGGGCUGGCCAAGUCGCCAAAGACAGGAACCGAUCUUCCCGGAACCUCAAAGGGACGCAGCGGGCUGCCGAAAACGCCAAUAACUCCCAACACGCCCAAAACACCAAGCACUUCCACCGCGCCACCAAGAAAGCUGAGAACGCCGAGAACGGCCGAAGAAGACAGCUGCUCUUGCAAGUCGCCAGCAGCAAGGAACGGGCUGUUUAACGCUUCCCAGGCAGGCAAUCAGAUGCCCAAAAGCCUUCCCAGGGCACGAACUGAGCUAGGGCUCUUGACCCCAAGGGUGCAAAGGGACCUGUUGAAGAGUCCCAAUGCUGCCGUUGGUGGCGCUCCUGGCGCUGCUGCUGCUGCUGCUGCUGCUGCUGCUGCUGCUGCUGCUGCUGCUGCUGCUGCUGCUGCUGCUGGUGGUGCAGGCCAGAUUGCCCCUUCCCUGGAUUCCUCUUCUCUGAGUGAGCUGGAUUCUGCUGGGUCUGCUUUCGGGGGCUCGUUUCGCUCUCCGACUGCUGCUGUUGGUGCUGAUGCUGAUGCUGAUGCUGGUGCUGAAUUUGUUGAUGACCUUGACGAUCCUCACGCUGAUGCAGGAGAGACACAAUUCGGCCUCCCGUACUCAUCCAACGGUCUCCACCAUGACGACGAGUUUUACACUGACAGCACCAUGCCUCUUUCCGAUCAUCCCGACAGCAGCACGGACGUUUUCGCUCGCUUCAAGCGUGCUCUCUCUGACAACACCGAGCGUCCCCUGCCUCUUUCUGAGGACGCCCUCUAUCCGAGCAGCAGCCCAAGUCUUCACGGCAACACGGACGUGUUGACUCGCUUCAAACGCGCUCUCUCUGACAACACUGAGCGACCUCGGCACGACUCCCCACAUCACAGCCCAUAUGAUGCUGCUGCUGUCUCUGCUGCUGGGGGAGAGCAGUUGCAGCUCCAGCAGCAGGGACUGGAGCAGCAGCAGGAAGAGGUGGGAGAAGAGCCGCUGCUGCAGCUGAAGCUGCCUCUGAAGCUGCAGAAGCGGUUGAAGCAGGCAGCACAAGGGCAGAAACUGCGACACGAGGCACAAGGGCAGGGGCUGUGGUUGGCAGAAGGACAGAGUGUGAAAGAGAGGCUGCAGCAGGAGGCGGAAGGGCAGGGGCGUGUGGGGCAUGGGGGCUAUGAGGCAGUGAGAGCCUCAGCAGCAGCACAACUGGGCCCUCUCAUUUGCCUCAUCCCACCCUGCCCUUCCCCAGCUGACAGCACCCCUUCCCCAGUUGAUGCUUCCCCUGCACCAGCUAAUGCCUCCCCAUUCCGAAUUGACUCCUCUCCUUCACCAGCUACCACCUCUUUUUGGCCCCUCGGCAGCAGUAGCAGCAACAGCAGAAUCAGCAUCUGGAGAGAUAUCAAAUCAGCAGCUGCAGCUGCUGGUGAUGCCGAUGCUGCUCUCACCGCUGCUGCUUCCAUCAUAGCAGGAACAGCAGGAGCACGGAAAGAGGGUGUGGGAGGGUUCGUGGGUGGAUAUGUGCACGGUUUUGAGCCGCCUCAGAGCCCGGUUGAUUAUGGGUAUGUGGAUCGAUACGCAGUCAAGGAGGUGAGUUUGGAUGAGCAGCAGCAGAGGCAGCAGCAGCAGAAGCUGCAGCAGAAUAUUGAGGAGGAGUGGAGGGGGAUGGGUGAGAGGGGUGUGGAGCUGAAGGAGGAGGAGAGGAAGGAAGAGCAGGAGGCGGAGGAGGGAUCUGCUCAGAAGCACCACGCAGAAAGUGCACGAGAAGGGAACACGAUUUCAUGGAUGGACUUGAGCUACAACUUCUCGACUGCUUUUGAGUCGACUCAAAAGGAGGCAGAGGAGAGCCCAGGGUGGACUCGGCGGGCUGCUGCUUCUGCUGCUGCUGCAGACGGACUCGAUGCUUUCUCUGCAGGCAGCAGUGAUGCGUACGCAACAGCAACAGCCGCAGGUGCACAAGGAGGAAGGGGAGAAGUGGCAGCAGAUGCAUGGUCUGCAUCAUCACUUGCAGUUACAACUGAUGUAGCAGGGGCAGGAGAAGGAGCAGCAGCAGCAGGAACGGGGCGAACAACCACGACUGCUGCCCCCCAGUUGCCGAGGAGACCAGCAGUUCCACGUAUGGGUGCUGCUAGAAGGUUCUACCGAACCUCCAGCUGCCCUGAUAUUGACAACAUGCCAUCGCCAGCUGUGCAGCCUCAAGCUAUACCAGCAGCAGCGGCAGCAGCAGAAGCAGCAGCAGCAGAAGCAGCAGCAGCAGCAGCACCAGAAGCAGCAUUAGAAGUGGCAAUGGCAGGAGAAGAAGCAGCAGUAGCAGAAGUGGCAGUUGCAGGAGAAGUAGCAGCAGCAGCAGCAGCAGCAGCAGCAGCAGCAGCAGCAGCAGCAGCAGCAGCAGCAGCAGCAGCAGCAGCAGCAGCAGCAGCAGCAGCAGCAGCAGCAGCAGCAGCAGCAGCAGCAGCAGCAGCAGCAGCAGCAGAAACAGAAGCAGCAGACGAAGGGGAGGGAGGCAAGGAGGGGCAGGAGUCACUUGAGUCUCGAUUGAGGCGAUGGCAUGAGAGCAUGGGUGCCUCAUCUUCCUUCUCCCUUCCCCAUGAUGUCACUUCCACCGCGGGCCUGUUUGUGCCCGGCCUGCCCCACUGGACCAAGCGCUCGCUCCCUCGCUCGCUGCGCAUCUCCCGCUCGCUGCUCUCCUUCCAAGAGAGGGCCCUGCUGGAGCACCGCCAAGAGACUGCACUGUUGCAGGGCAUGGCUGGCAGAUUAGCAGGGAAAAACGACGGCGAGAAGGACGGUGAAAACGAUCCGUGGAGUGAGAGGAAUGGGGAGAGUGACGAAGCGAUUAACGAGGGGAGCAAGGAGGAGAGGAACAAGAGGGAAUUCUGGCGUCCCCCCUCCACCCCCAAGCCUGUCAUGGAGUCUCAACUGAAGCAGGCCAAGAAGUGCCUGCCGAUGUACUCCCCCCCUGUGCCGCCCAUCGGCCUGGAGAAGCUCAUGGAAGGCGGGACUGGGGCAGGUGGGACUGGUGGGUUUGCUGGGUUUGGUUCGGGAGGUGGGUGGGGGUUGGGUGCAGGCUGGUGGGGUGCGGUGGAGAGAGCUGGGGGGGAGAGGAAGGAGGGGACGGGAGAGGCGGGGUGGCUGUCGUUUGAAGGGUUGGUGGAUGUGGCACGGGGGAUGAUGUGGGGGGGAGGAGGGGAUGGAGGUGGGGAGGGGGCGAAGGAGGAAAAAGAAAAUAUUUUGGGUACAGCUUUAGGGAAAAGUAUGGGGGAUCAGGAUGAAGAGGGAGAGGCAGUGGAAGGAGAAGAGGAGGGAUUGGCUGCAGGAGAGGAAGGGAAAUGUUUUGAGAAAGGUGGUGAGGAGGGAGAUAGUGGGGGAAUUGCAGGAGAGGGAGGAGCGAAGGGAGGCGGGUGA